UCGAGAAAUUCAGAGUCAAAUUAUACAGCGCCCUCCCUCAUUUUUCCAAUUUUCUGCCCAGCUUAUAAUUGUUCUCUGCAAUAUAUCUCUUUUUAGAAAAGACAGAAAAAUCGUAGUAUUAAUUCUUCCGGCUACCAUGAUCAGCACCGCGUCAUUUUUAUUGAUCAAGACAUUUAAGCUGAUCAUGAUCAAGAUCUUCUUCGUAGAGAAGUUGCAUGAAUGUUAGUUAUAUUCUUCCAUAUGUCGGACGGUACGAGCUAGAUCAGUAUAAGUACUCUUACGCUCAGCAACUUUUUGUUUAUGCACAUUUGAUCGUCUAUGUGUCGGUUGGCUGAUCUCAUUUUCCGGGUCAUUUCGUUCUGUUCCCAGAAGAGAGACAUCAAAUCAGCGUCCUCCCCAUACUUACAAAUUGAUUUCUGAUCUUAGACCGUCCCUAGCUAAUUAGUUUUCUUCCACCGUACGUGAUCUUGAAGUAGGAAGCACCAAGGACGUUAUCUCUGCUAAUUAUAAAGGUUUCAAUCCAUGACCACGAUCGUUUUGAAUUAUUACUGCAUGCUGAGUUUAACAAGGAUCCAAAGGAUCUAAUACUAGCCCAAGGCCAGGUUCCGAUCGAGAGAGAGAGAGAGCGGGAGAGAGAGAUGAAUAAUUCAACCCAACAAGCAGAACUACAGCUUCCAAGAAACGACUGUCAUGCUCACAAGAAAGUGGUGAGGUACAAGGAAUGCCACAAGAACCAUGCAGCUGAAAAUGGUGGGAAUGCAACUGAUGGCUGUGGAGAGUUCAUGCCAAACGGAGAAGAAGGCACCUUUGAAGCCCUGAAGUGCUCAGCCUGCAACUGUCACAGAAAUUUCCACAGGAAAGAGAUUGAAUCUGAUUCAUGCUCCUGUCAAUGUUAUCACACUACUCCAACCAUACUCAACAUCAAUGCUAGGAGAUCACCCAAUUGGGGCCAUCAUGAAGAUCAGUACUACAAUGCAGUUCUGGGGUCAUCCAUUGGGUGCCCUACAACUACAAUGAUGAUUUCCUAUAAAAGUGGGUCGGUCCCCUCAGAGUCGAAUGAUGAGAAGGAAGAUGCAUAUGGGAGCUGUCCUGUGGCAAGGCCGGCUAAUAAGGUGAAAAAGAGGUUUAGGACCAAGUUUACAAAAGAGCAGAAGGAAAAGAUGUUGAGCUUUGCAGAAAAGGCUGGUUGGAGAAUGCAGAAGCUAGAAGAAUCUGUUGUGCAGCAGUUCUGCCAAGAGACUGGGAUCAAUAAGAGAGUUCUAAAGGUGUGGAUGCAUAACAACAAACACCACUUUGCAAAUAAAAACUCCACUAGCUAGAUCAAGCAUUCUGAUCAUCUCAUAUUUCAUUCUUAAUUAUAAGGCUUCCAUGCAUGAUUUCCAAUUAGCUUACUUUAUUAAAUUCUUUUCAUCAUUUAAUAUUUUCUUUUGCUGGUAGCUAGCUAUCGCGUAUCUUACAUGUUUUGAUUUAUACUAGCUAGGUAGUCUAGCUAGUUUAGUGAGCUAAUAUAUGAAGAUUGUAAGAUCAGCUCUGCUGCUGUAGAUCAUGUUCAUGCUUUGGAAAGUAUUUGAGCUUGUU